AGCAAUUGAAUUUAAUUGAAUUGAAUGUGCAAUUAUUUUUUGCUGAAUUGAAUACUGCAAAAAAGAAAUUAAGUGUACGAAAUACAGUGUACUGAAAAGAGUAGUGCCGUGAAUAAGAGAAAGCAACAGAUCAUCAAACCAAGAGAAAGAUAUUAGCUGCUAACAAUUCCGCUGACAGUUGAAAUUUCGUGGCUCAGAACAGAGUGAAAGAGAACAACAAACAAUCAGCAGCUGGAAAUAGCAACAAAACAAAAUGUCCAAUAAACCCUACAGUGCGAUUAGCAUAACCAAUUGCGGUUUAGAUGACCCACAGAGCGAGUUGGGUGCGGCAUUUGCCAACAACAAUAUCAGCGAUUUUCGUAUUGCACUAGAUAAAGGCGCCAACCCUGCACGGCCGGAUGACAAACAUUUGAGCGUUUUUGAGUUGGCUUUGAAGACACACGGGCGUGCUGCGUUUGUGGAGGAAUGUUUGAAGCAUGGCUGCAGUCCCAACCAUAUAAAUCAACACUGGAAGAAAUCUGCCAUCAAUUUCGCUGCCGACUCUCGAGAUCCACAAAUUCUCAGGUUACUCUUGCGCAGCAAAGAUAUACAAGUGGACCGACCCUAUGCCAAGCUCACACCACUCAAUGCGCUGGCCAAAAAUCUAACUGCCGAAAAUCAAGCCGAUGUCUACGCUUGUAUGAAGCAGUUGCUGGAUUACGGUGCCUCGCCGAACAAGCCCGACGAUCGAGAAAUGACACCACUCAAUUAUGUCCUGAAGAAUCGCAAGCUCGAUACUGAGGGUAAGCGAGAGCUGGUGCAGCUUUUCACAACACAGCAACAACUAGAUGUGGACAGUUUCCGUGAUGGCGAAGUGCGCGAAUUGUUGCGUCGCGACUACCCUGAGAUACUGUUGCCACCGCCAGAAGUGAACGCGGCCGAUGUGAGCUUCGAUAGGCUGCUCACGCAAUUGCGUAACGGUGAUGAAGAAAAAUUUAUGGAACAAUUUCCGCUGUAUGCGCAGAGUUCAUCGGAAAAGGACAACAAUGCGAAUGAAGUGCAGGAGCAAAAGCUGCAGCUCUUCAUGGAGACCAUAAAGCGUGGCACACACAAUGCGUUUGAUUUGUUGUUGCGUCACGAUGUGAACGUAAACGGCGUUAAAGACGGACAGACGCCCAUACUUUUGGCGGCAAUUUGGGGAAAUUGGCGUGCAUUGAAAUCUCUACUGUCGUUCGAUGAUCUCAAGUUGCGCCGACAGGAUCAGCUUUUGAUCACCGUUAUUAGCCAUUUGGACGACGAACCGCUAUACGAUUUCGUGAAUUUCGAGAAAUGCUUUUAUUUAUUGCUGAACUCCGAACGCAUCGAUAUCAACGAGUCUGAUCCAAGUGGCUCCACGCCACUACACUACGCGGUCAAAUACCGUAAUCGUGUGGUCAUACAAGAGCUACUGCGUCAUGGUGCCUACAUUGGCAUGCGCAGCGCUUUCGCUGAUCUACCACUCGAUGGUAUGCACCCGGAGGUAUUGGAAGAACACUUUGACAGCUGCAUUACCACGAACGGCUGCAAGCCUGGCGAUAACGAUUUCGAAAUAUUGAUUAACUUCAAAAAUCUCAUACCACAUCCGGCCUCGACACAUGCAACGAAGGUGCGUGCACAAAACUUUCGUGAAGAGAUGCCACCCAUCGAAUUUAUAGCCGAGUCCAAAGAACACCGCCAUCUGCUACAACAUCCGCUCAUCACGAGCUUUCUAUUUCUCAAAUGGCAUCGACUCUCCGUUAUUUUCUAUAUAAACUUUUUGCUCUACUUUUUCUUCGCCUUAAGCAUAAUCAUACAUACGAUAUUGAAAUUCCGCGAGAGCGAAAACGAGGCGGUUACUGUACUCUUCGGUCUCUUCUCUUGGAUCGGCAUUAUAUAUUUGCUUGUGCGUGAGGUUAUACAAUUCGUUUUAGCACCACUCAAAUAUUUCCGCUCCAUUACCAACUGGCUGGAGGUGCUACUCAUCGUGCUCUCCAUAAUGACCUGCACUGAACCGAGUUACAAUCGUGAAACUCAACGUGUUGUCGCUGUCUUCACAAUACUACUCGUCGCUAUGGAGCUUUGUUUAUUGGUCGGCUCACUGCCUGUGCUCUCCAUCUCCACACACAUGCUUAUGUUACGCGCUGUCUCGAAGAGCUUCAUCAAGAGCUUUGCUCUCUAUUCGAUCUUCGUAAUCACCUUCAGUUUGUGCUUUUACAUUCUAUUCGGCAAGCCAUCGGAAGGCGCAGCGAAUGGUACGGAUGCGGCUGCGAGCGAUGGCGGUGAAUUUAAUAAGUUUGCAAAUCCCUUCACGGCGGUCAUUAAAACUAUCGUUAUGUUGACGGGCGAGUUCGAUGCUGGCGAUAUUGAAUUUGAUACCGUCUACAGUUACUUGAUUUUCCUGAUGUUCGUCGUUUUCAUGUCAAUCGUACUCUUCAAUCUGCUCAAUGGUCUGGCUGUCAGCGAUACACAGGCCAUUAAAGCACAAGCCGAACUCAACGGCUCGAUCUGUCGCACCAUUCUUCUAACACGCUACGAACAGGUCCUCACCGGACGCACCGGACGCGCCAGUUUCAUCAUUACCCACGAACCAUUUCGCACGAUUUGUCGUCGUUUAAUGAAUCUCGAUUCCAAUUAUGUUGUUGGUCGUCAAAUAGCCAUUCUACCAAAUGACAACAACAAAGUAUUGGUUGGUAUACCCAACAAUAAUGGCAGUGUGGAAAUGAAAAAUGAAUUUGCACGGAACAACGGCGUACGUAACUCAAAGACCACAUUUCUACCAUUAACCGAAGAGGGCGGCGAACAUGAGAAGAAGUUACUCGAUGCGCCCGUUUCUUUUCUGCCCUGUUGUUGUACCUGCAUAACGGGCAAGUGCUCGGAAAUGGAUAGCCGUACCGUGAAACUGGCAAUGGUUGUGAUUGAGAAGAAGACAAUAACACAGAAGAGUAAGCUGCACGAAGUGAAUACGGAGCGGCGUUUGAAACUGAUCGAAGAUCGUUUGGCGCAAAUGACGGAGCUGUUGCAGAGAUUGGCUGGAGGGCCGUGAAGGCGAUUGGAUGAAGAAAAGAAGAGAAAUUAAUUUUAUGCAUUUUUUUAAUAUUUUAAAAUAAACUCAAGUGUCCUUAGUUUUAUUUAUUUAAUAUUUUGUUAAAACAACUGCAAAUAUAUAAUGCGAAAUAUAUGUAUGUAAAAGCUAAUAAAAAA